AUGACGACACUAGGAGUCAAUUCUUUGGUUUCGAUUCAAGGUUUGGUCAUGACAUUGUCUUGUAUGAAUCAAGCAAAGAGGCUUGAUGCUCACAACAACAACAACAACACUACUCUCGCUCUCGAUGUUCUAACUCACACUUCUCUCUCUCUUGGUUUGGCUGCUUCUACUUCCAUCAAUGAUUUACUGAUUGCAUUAUCAGACACUUUGGCUACUGCUCACUCUCUUGAAUCCAUCAAAUCAACUCAAACUGUUUUACUUGAACGAUUGACUGCUGCUUCCUUGUCUGGAAGGUCAUUGGCUACUAGUCUUGAGCAAAGAGAGAGACAUGAGAGUGCUUCUGCUGCUCGAAUGGUUUCUAAAUGGUCUCAAAACAAGAACAUGCUAGAAUCCAAGCGCAUCGACUACAUGACUCGUCUGGAUGAAAUGCAGGAUAUCUCCGAUACAGUACACAACUUGAUCCCAAACGAUUUACAAGUAUUGGACAAUCAGACACAACUCGCUGCACAAAAGACCAACACUAUGGCACAUAGGCUUGAAUCUCUUCAACAUUUACCACCAGAUAUCUUGCUUGCACAACUCAAACUAGAUCAACUAAAAGAAAAGGUUCGACAGAGAAACCUUGUUAGACAUGAACUCAUGACUGCUGCUUUGAUUGCAAACACCAGUGUGCCAGGUUCUUCCAAUUAG